UCAGGGUCAGGGUUGAGUGAAACGAAUUCGCCCCACAGGAAGUGAGGAAAAUCAGCUGUGAACUCGGAUUUUUUUCUUCUCAAAACAGUAUUGGAAUUGUACUGUAUCAAAACAUUUUAGGCAGCCCACUGAUACUGAAAGUAAGUUUCUAUGCCUCAAAAUAGUGACAGAGAAGAUGAAGAAAUGAUGGCAUUAUUGCCAAGUGACAUCUGGUUCAAUGGUGCUUGCAACAUUCCAUUCCAUAUAGGUGGGAUACUGCUAUAUUUAAUUAACACUGCCAUAUCACAGUCUGGAAUCCCCCAUGUAUUUGAUGACAUUGUAUGCAGAGCUCCACGUCUUUCAGGGUAUUUUAAAGAUCUCAACAUAUAUACAUUCCUUAAAUCAAGGUUCAGAGGCCAUGGCUUGCUCAACAAGAUUGGUUUUGGUAACGCACUUCUUGGCUCAAAUGUAUCAGGUCUUACUGUCAAGAAUGAGUCCAGUACUAUAGAAGUGUACAUUGCUUACUGUACAAAGCUAAUGGACAAGAAUAAGAUUUUGACAUUGAUAGUGAUAUUGUUGCUUCUGGCUGGACGAGUUGAGGGUGGUCCUGUCCGAGAAAAUGAUACAGCCGAAGGUCAUGACAGGAGCCUCUUUACUACUUUUCCAUUGCCUGAGUCACUAUGGUGCCAGAUCCCUGAGAAAGAUAUCGAGUGUCCUGUUGGAGAUUACGCAUUUGAAUUAAAGACAGAAAAUUGCCAAUAUGAAUGUCCGUCUUGGGAACAGAUUAUAUGUAUGAACAGUGAACAAGGAAUGGUGUUUUUCUGCAUUCCAAAGGGUACAACUUGCUCACAAGGUAUUGGCUGGAAUGUUGAGCAUAUCGACAGCACUGAUGUAGUUGUGAAGGAAAGUUCUUGUCCAGAGGGUUACUACCAGGAAGAACCGUCCAAAUGUCAUAAUGCAUGUAAAACAAGGCAUCUGUCCCUAGAAAUUAUUCCUAUUCAGUUUAAAAUAUUCUCCAAAGGGGACCAUAGCCAUCCGACAAAGCUGAUGUGUGAUUACACUGCUGGAUACUACAAUGCUAACAACAAAUCAUACAUCAGAUACGAUGGGAAUUUUGCUUACUACUAUCAGGAUUUCUGCACACACAUCAACAUUUCUAAUCCAUGUUCCAGUGGACAAAUACCUUUAUACAAUGGGACUUGUGUGGACAAAUGCAGCACUGGGUAUGAAAGAGAUGAGACAGACUUCAAGUGCAAAGCUUUGAAAGAUAAUAGAAGUGAUCGAAACCCCAAAACAUCUUUUGUCACGCCAGCAGGUCAGGAUAAAGUAACAACAAGCGAAAGAAACACUGAGAUAUCAAUCGACAGGACUGGUGAAUUUCUGCAUAUGGGUUUUCCCAGUAACAGCAAAGUUAUGGUCAUUAUUAAAUUUGUGUUUAAUGCUGCUGAGGAGGUACAAGUCCUGUAG